CUUGCUUUAGGAAUUGAUGACUCUCAAUGAUGUGGCUGAGGACUUCAGGGAAGAAUGGGUUACCUGGACACCGCUUAGAGAAUCCUCUUCAUGGGUACCACCCAGCAGAGUUAGAAGAAUGGGCUCUCAAAGGACUUGCCGGUACAGGUGUAAUCUCCCAGCUGGAGCAGAAGGAAGAGCCGUGGGUGCUACCACUCCAAAACUUUGAGGCAAGGAAGAUCGUAAGGGAAAGUCACACGGACUUUGAGAAUCAGGUGACAAAACUCAAUCAGGACAUUUCAGAAAUAGCAGAACGAUGUGGAACAUCCUCAGAAAGGGCCAAUAAAGAUAUUUCUCAUCCUCCUAGAUGGGGAGGAAACUGGGAGAGGGACCUUGAAUUCGAAGGGCAGCAUGGAACCCUACCAGGAGAGGGCCAACCGGAGCCCCUUCCACAGGAGAAGGAUUUAAACAAGCUGCUGGACGGAUAUGUGGGAAAGAAGCCUGUGUGCGCAGAAUGUGGAAAAAGCUUCAACCAGAGCUCCUAUCUCAUAAGACACCUGAGAACCCAUACUGGUGAGAGGCCUUAUAAAUGCAUCGAGUGUGGGAAGGGCUUCAAACAGAGUUCAGACCUUGUCACCCAUCGCAGAACACACACAGGAGAGAAACCCUACCAGUGCAGCGGGUGUGAGAAAAAAUUCAGCGACAGCUCUACGCUCAUCAAACACCAGAGAACCCACACAGGUGAGAGACCCUAUGAAUGCCCAGAGUGUGGAAAGACCUUUGGGCGGAAGCCACACCUCAUAAUGCACCAAAGAACCCACACAGGAGAGAAGCCCUACACAUGUCUCGAAUGCCAUAAAAGCUUUAGUCGAAGCUCAAACUUCAUCACCCAUCAGAGGACCCACACGGGAGUGAAGCCUUAUAGGUGUGGUGAUUGUGGGGAAAGUUUUAGCCAGAGCUCAGACUUGGUUAAGCACCAACGAACCCACACAGGGGAACGGCCCUUUAAGUGCCCAGAGUGUGAGAAGGGCUUUAGAGAUAGUUCUCACUUUGUAGCGCACAUGAGUACUCACUCAGGAGAAAGGCCUUUCAGCUGUCCUGACUGCCACAAAAGUUUCAGUCAGAGCUCACACCUGGUCACGCACCAGAGGACACACACAGGGGAGAGGCCGUUCAAGUGUGACAGCUGUGGGAAGGGAUUCGCCGACAGCUCUGCCCUCAUAAAGCACCAACGGAUCCACACGGGGGAAAGACCCUACAAAUGUGGUGAGUGUGGGAAGAGCUUCAACCAGAGCUCCCAUUUCAUUACCCAUCAACGAAUCCACUUAGGAGACAGACCCUAUCACUGUCCCGAGUGUGGCAAAACCUUCAAUCAGCGUUCCCAUUUUCUCACACACCAGAGAACACAUACAGGAGAAAAACCUUUCCACUGUAAUAGAUGUGACAAGAGCUUCCGUCAGAAAGCACAUCUCUUAUGCCAUCAAAAUACCCAUUUGAUCUAGGAAAUGGUUUGUAGUGGUUCUUCUGCCCCUUUCCAGAUUUUCAUUUCUGCUGCCUCUGGGUGCUCCAUGUAGAGAAAGCCUGAACAUGGACAUCAGUGGCUCAAGCUGGGCCUUUUCCUACACUUUAAUGGUGAGGAUAAACCCACAGGCCGCAAAUAAUGUUCUGAAUACAAAAGGCAUUCCUUCAGUGUUUUUAACUGACCUUACGGAAACGUGAGUUUGGUUGAUGAUGCUUGAUUA